CUUUUUUAGAAACGGGUGGUUAUUGUGUUUUUAUCUUAGAUUUGAAAUAUAGUUUCAGAAUCAUUUUCAGUACUUAUAGAUCAACGUUAAUAAGUUGCAGUGAAACAGAUUUGACAGGGACGCCAUUGAUCGUAUAACUUUUUAAAAUUUUUGGAAAAUCGAUUUUCAUUUUCAGUGUAAAGCAGGCCAGCAACAAAAAGACGAAAGUCGUUCGUACCACUAAAGAACAAAAGAACAACAACAGUAUCAAUUACAGAGCGCAGGCUAGAUUCUGUGGGUGGGGAUCUUAGAUUUUUCCAUUUCUUAAGGAUGGCCGACGUCGAGUCUUCGAGUGCUGUACAGCAGCCACCAUCUUCGACAACCAACAUUAUUCCCCUUUUAGCUGCCGCCGAGAUUCUAAAUGAAAACAACAGCACAACUGCUUCCACGUCCAAUUUGUCACAACAGGCAAAUAUGCAGGCCAAUAAUGGUGCCUCAAACGCUACUAAUGUGACAAACACCCCGUCUGAUGAGCCACCUACAAAGAAACAGAUGCUAGAUCAUCCUUCGACUUCCUCCUCGGUCUGUGAGAAACUUGAGAGUCGCUUGGGUGGAAUUUUGUGCUGUGCCGUUUGUUUGGAUUUGCCCAAAACUGCAAUGUAUCAGUGCCAAAUGGGUCAUCUUAUGUGCGCGGCCUGUUUUACUCAUUUAUUGGCAGAUGCCCGGCUAAGAGAACAGAUUGCUACCUGUCCAAAUUGCCGUGUUGAAAUAUCUAAAAGUACAGCAUCUCGAAAUUUAGCGGUGGAAAAGGCGGCAUCCGAGCUUCCGAGCGAGUGUCAGUUUUGUAACAAGGAAUUUCCAUACAAAUCCUUGGAUCGCCAUGAACAACACGAGUGCUGUGAACGACCGACUAACUGCAAAUAUUCACGUAUUGGAUGUCAAUGGCGGGGACCCAAUCACGAGACUACUGAACACGAACGCAAUUGUUUGCACCCUAACAAGUCCGGAUAUGAAGUAAUCGCAGCUCUCGAGUCCCAUGAUGCUAAAAUAAAAGAGGAAAAGAAAAUGUUCAAUACCCUAAUUGAUCUUCUAAGUUAUGAAAAAAUAAUUUUCAACGAUUUACAAAUGAAACCAUAUCGUACAGAUGAGUAUGUCCAUAAACUUUUCUAUGAAACCGCUCGUUUUUCUGCAUUCAAUCACCAAUGGGUGGUCAAGGCUCGAAUCAAUAACAGUCAACGCGAUCCCCAUCAAUCCAAUGAACGUAACAUUACUUACCAGCUUAUUUUAAAAUCAAAAACUAGUACUCCGAUGAGUAUACACUUCUUUGCUCUAAAAGGGCCCUUUUCCGACAUGAAGGUUGGCACUCAGAUAUAUAAACAUGAUUUUACAGAACAGAGUACAGAGAGCGACUACUAUCUUUUGCCUUUACCCGAUAGCAACGAAUGUAACCGCUUAUUGUCCAAUAAAGGAAUUAAUUUCCGUCUCUUGAUGUUCUUGCUUAACAAAUAAACAACUUCUAUUGAAAUAGUCCUAAUGUCUACACGUUUGAGUCGUUCGUAUUUUAAUAGUUCUGCUCUGUUUACUUCUAAGUUAAAGUAUUUUAAUACAAUAUUUUCCAAAUUUACUAAAAACGACUAGCAUAAGACGCUGCUGACUUUACAAACGGGAAACACUAUUUGUCUCAAAAUUCCACAAAAGGAUAUUUUGUUGGUACGUGCAAAUACAAAUUGUUUCCAAAGCAGGAUCAAGAAAACUAUAUUGACUAGAUGUCAAUCUGUAGUAACUUGACAGUAAACAGUAAUCAUUAAAGGUAGAUAUAUAACAUUUUUAACAAUACAGAGAACUUUAAAAUACAUAUUGUGAAUGAUUGAAGUUACUUGCUAAUAGAGAACUUAUGAGCGUCCCUUCCCCUAGGCUAUAACAAAAAUAUCAAUUAAAUAAACAUACAAACUUACAUGUACAUUCAUAAUAGAUCUCAAAUCGUCACUACAAAACUUACCUACAUAUAAAUAUAUCUGUGUACAUUGACAUUUAUGAAUAUUAAAGAGCCUUAACCAGCUAAAACGACGAAUAGUCAAGUAAGGGAUGGACACGCCUCACUAACCGCACUAUAUAGUUUGUGUUAUUAUAAAUAUAUAUAUAGUUUUAUCUUCACAAAAAGAAAAACACUGUAAGGACAACACCAAUGUAUAAUUUUAAGCGAAUCUAUAUAUAAUGUCGACAUAUGGUCCAAUCGGAACCUUAUGUAAUUAACUUGUAACUAUUAGUUAUAUUCUUUCUACAGCAAUCAUUACUUUAACACACUAUCCAAAAAAUCGUAUCCAAUCUAAAUAACUUAGGUAUUUAUCCGAUUUAAAAACUUUUCAAACGUGUCACGGCUAAAGUUCUCUAUUAGUAGCUUUUAGAUUUAUUGUUUGUUUUUCUAACUCAUAAUAUUAUACUCGAAUAUUUCUCUUUAAAUAAAAUAUUUGUCAACUUAA